UCCCACGCCUUCAUUUAUAUAAAGCCCUUCACUCCUCUUUUUUUCUUUGGAGAUUUGGAGACACAAACAAACCCAAUCGAUACAUAUGUUCAAAUUUCUUUUCAUUCUAUUCAUUUAUUGAUUGAUUUAUUUCAGAGAUAGGAAUUGAAGGAAUGAGAACCAGAAGUGGAUUUUGUUAUACGAAUCGAGAGAAAAGGAGUAAAGAGUAUUGCGCCGCCGCCGCCGGAGAACGUCGGAAAAGGUCGAAGAUUUGGUCGGACAAUAAUGUCGGGAAAUCCCCCGACUUGUUCGAUUCCUUGCCGGACGACCUCGUCCUCUCAAUUCUUUCCAAACUCAGUUCCGCCGCCGAGUGCCCCGCAGAUUUCAUUAGCGUUCUGCUCACAUGUAAAAGGCUUAAUGGAUUGGGAGUCCAUGGAAUGGUGUUAUCCAAAGCUUCGAAGAAAAUGGGUGCCGUAAAAGCUCAGAGAUGGUCCCACUCGGCUCACCGCUUCCUCAAGCUCUGCGCCGAUGCCGGAAACGUUGAAGCUUGCUACAUUCUUGGCAUGAUUCGGUUCUACUGUAUGGAAAAUCGAGGGAGCGGAGCGUCGCUGAUGGCAAAAGCGGCGAUUAGCUCGCACGCGCCGGCGCUUUACUCUCUGGCCGUUAUUCAGUUCAACGGCAGCGGCGGCUCCAAGAACGACAAGGACCUCCGAGCCGGGGUGGCCCUCUGCGCCCGAGCCGCUUUUGUCGGCCACGUCGACGCCCUCCGUGAGUUGGGCCACUGUCUCCAAGACGGGUACGGCGUGAAGCGGAACGUCGUUGAGGGGCGGCGGUUCCUCGUCCAAGCCAAUGCUCGCGAGCUGGCCGCCGCCCUCGCCGCCACGACCUCCUCGCCGGCUCUGUUGAGCGGCGCGUGGCUUACGUGGGACCCACUUUCCCACCGGCGCCUCGACUGCCCCUUGUUGAGUGAUUUCGGGUGUAACGUUCCGGCUCCGGAGCCUCACCCGGCUAAUAAUUUCUUAACCGAGUGGUUCGCCGCUAAAAACAACGGGGUUCCGGGUUCGGGUUCGGACCCGGGGCUCCGAUUGUGCUCUCACGUGGGUUGCGGAAGACUCGAGACCCGGGUGCAUGAGUUUAGGAGGUGCUCCGUUUGCGGCGUAGUGAAUUACUGUUCGAGGGCUUGUCAGGCGAUGGAUUGGCGAUCUCGUCAUAAGUCGGAAUGUGCACCGGCGGAACGGUGGGCCGGUGAAAAUGCGCCGGCGCAGGCGCCGGCAGCAAAUGCUGUAGUAAACGGUAACGUUCAUGGAGAGGCUGUGGUAGUAGUAGAUAAUCAUCCGACGGCAGUUAGUUAACGGUGACGGAGGGUUGACCAAUGAACGUGAUAACUCCGCACCAAAUAGGGAGGUUAAAAUUGUACUUCCGAUUCUUGUAUUUGUCAAAUGUUUUGUAUAGUCAGAUCGGGACGGGUUUACGAAUGAUGUGUCAGGAGGAAAUAAUAGCAAAUUGCCAAAUUACAUUAUGACCUAAAAAUUGAAUAUCUGGAAAAAAA